AUGACAUGCUUCGACGCUCGAUUGCUCCGCGGCCUUGUAGGUACCACGGUCACCACAUACGACCUUAUCUCGGAUGGCGCGUCACCACAAUCUACCUCCCUUGCUCCUUCCAUUGAGCCUUCUCGCGCUACGACCUCCCCCACCACACCCUCUACUCUGGUGGCAUCUCCAAUGACCGUCGUGUCUAACUCUUCAGCAGUCUCCCGAACGUGGGUCAUAACGAAGAAACUCACGGAGAGGGCAGCCCCUAUGACAGAUCACGAUGUCAAGAUGGGCCGCGGUUCAGCUAAAACAGUUGGCAAGUUCCUGUGCCACUCUGCAGGGGACCCAAAUCAGAUAGCGUUCAUGCGAAUCUAUCAACAGAUUCCUAUCACUGGAACGGAAGACGCUGACCACAACACUCUAGCUAGACAAGCCGUUGCUCCUGGAGUUUGUGGCGAGCUUGAGUCCUUCAAAAAGUUGCAGAGUGGGGGCCGUGGAGCCGUUCCUCGGUUUCUUGGCCACGCAGAAAGUACACAAGGAGACAACGACCUCCUUCCAGGCGGCUAUAUCAGAUACCUUGUGUGGGAAAAGGUUCCAGGGGAGCCUCUAACAAAGGAAUUCUUCUGGGGCUUGGAUAUCACCGCGCGCAAAGACAUCCGUGCUAAGUUCCGCGACGCCUAUGAGUAA